AUGGACACCAAAAAGGAUAUUAGUGUGGAAAUCGAACUGAAUACUAUGCUGCAACAUCCGCUGAAGCGUCGCGUGCGUCGCUGGCUCUCCGCCAAGCAGCUGUACGAAAGUCUGCGUCCACUCUUCCAUGUGACCUAUUUGCAUGGACUGACAUCGUUUUACAUCAGCUGCGAUGGCAAAACUGGCCGCAGGGACAUCAAGAAAUCUUGGUUUGGUUAUCUAAAUGGCAUUGUCCAUAUCGGGCUCUACGCCGUUUGCUACAUUCUGACCAUUCGCAACAAUUGCGAGUCCGUCGCCAGUUAUUUCUUUCGCUCUCGCAUCACUUACUUCGGCGACAUGAUGCAAAUCGUGAGCGGCUUCAUUGGCGUCACUGUCAUCUAUCUGACAGCCAUUAUACCCAAGCAUCGGCUAGAGCAGUGCCUGCAGAAGUUUCAUACCAUGGACCUGCAGCUGCAUAGCGUUGGCAUCAAGAUUAUGUACAGCAAGGUGCUGCGGUACAGCUAUGCCGUCAUGAUCUCAAUGAUGCUCGUUAACUUUGGCUUCUCCUGGGGCACCUUUGCAGUGCUCUACUCAUCCAAAGUGCAGCCCACUUGGGCAUUGCAUUUCACUUUUAUGGUCCAGCACACGGUCAUUGCGAUUGCCAUCACCAUGUUCUCUUGCUUCACAUAUCUGGUAGAAAUGCGAUUCGUUAUGGUUAAUAAGGUAAGCAGAAGACUUCAAUUAAUGUAUUAG